AUGGCUUGCUUUAAUGGUGAGAUAGCGUCUACAUUUCCAAGUGGAAGAUGGGAGGAAUUUUGCAAGGAUCGAGCCGACAACGCAGCCAAAGCUUUUUCACGUGAAUUCCUUCAGUUUCUCAACGAUAACCCUGUUUAUGAUGUCUCAGGGGCUUCGUACACCUUUUCGAAGCGUUUUGUUGAGUAUUUUCUCGAGUGUUUUAAUCAAGAAGUUCAUAAAAAUUGUUUAAUGGAUGAUAUCUUCGAACCGGAAUCACCGACCGAAGUUUUUGGUCCCGAUGAUUGGGGGUCGAACACGCAUUUGACAAGCAAUUUCAAACAUUUAGCGCCGGAGAAAAAGGACCGAGAAAAUGCUUUUAGUUUUAUGCGAAAGCUUCGAGAUGUCAAGGAUUUGUUCAAACGCUCUGUCGACGAAACUACGACUGCAAAGACGACGACGGCCGACAAUCGAGUUACAUCCCCUUCGGCAAAUGAUGAUCACCAAGGUCAACCGAUCGAAAAGAUUAAACCACUUUCCAGUACUAUUCGAAAGGAAGCAGUUAUGAAUUAUCUCAUGAAUUUAGACCAAGGAGUUGAUACAGAAGAUUUCUUCUGGCAGAAAUGCAGAGUCGUGAUACUAAARGCACCAGGGGGCUACAUGUUGGAGUUCUACUGUCCUCCUAAG